AUGACGCACGCGUUCUAUGCAGAUAUGGGAGGGUUUCUUCUCGAGGGGCCUGGGGUUGAGACUCCAUUUCCGGUUGAUGCGGCGCAGUUGCUGUUUCUGGUUGGACAGGGAUAUGUGGAAUAUCCAGAAAUUACACGAGAUGAUAUCGAUGAUAGGAACAAGUCAGAUGGGAUUGCGAGAUUUAUCGCAGUGUGUCAGGCGGUUUGGUUGCUACUAAAUUGCAUCCUGCGCGCAGCCCAGGAUCUUGCUUUGACAACAAUGGAGCUUACUACUAUCUCCUUUGUCAUUGUCUUCUUCGCAACAUCGUUUUGCUGGUACUACAAACCGCAAGAUAUAACCAAUAUGACCACCGUAACUCUCGCGGUAGAUAUCACAAGUAUCCGAGAAAAGCACUGUCCUCCAGAGCUCGAAGAAUGGUACACGAACCCCUUGGAAUUCCUGCAUCCCAACCUCUACAUCUGCCACAUCUUCUGGCGCUACUUCAACCAGAUUCUCCGCCGGAUCCACUGUCCCAUCUUCUCCCGUCCCGUCACCAACAAACCUUACAACCGCAUCCCAAGCGACGAUUUCCCGCAUCUAGAUACACUAGCUGAUGCUCUCGCCUGUCCGAUCGUCCUCCUCUUUGGCAGCGUGUUCAUGUUCGCUUGGACCUUUGACUUUCCCUCUUCCCUCGAGCGAAUCCUGUGGCGCAUUGCGUCCUGCUAUACACUGUUAUUCUCCCUCGUCGGCGGCUCAUACGUACAAUUCUGCUAUAAGGUUCUUCUUCCACGGCAUGCUGAGAAGCGAAGGGCUCGGGAUGUGGAAGCUACUAUACCGCAAACGCGGAUGCAGCGUCUCGCUGCGAAGAUGAGAAAUAUCCAUCCUUCGAGGGACCCAAGGUUGGAGAUCCCGCUAUUGGCGCUCAUCCCUGUGACCGUGCUAUGCGCUUUGUAUUGUAUUUCUAGAGCAUAUAUACUCGUUGAGGACUUCGUUGGGCUAAGGGAUCUACCUGAGACGGCGUUUCAGACGGUGGAGUGGUCCGUCUAUAUUCCUCAUUGGUAG